UCCACCAGUACCAUCACAUCCCUAAGUGCUAAUACCCCAUCCACAUAACAUAGGUUGCGGUAUUUUGCCUCGUUUUGCCUGUAGUGUGGGGCCAGGGUUACAUGUUACGUUGAAAUUGUUGUAGUUUUAUUUAACAGAAUAUUUUUAUAAUGACAGAAGAAGAUUCGAUAUUAGAUCCUACCAUCAAGAAGAAGAAGAAGAAAAAGAAGGGAAAUUUUGAUAUAGAUGCAGUUUUAACAGAUGUUGGUGAUGGUUCAGAGAAAAAAACUUUUAAUCUAGACGAACUAGAGAAUGCUUUACCAGAUGGAGGAGGUACUGGAAAGUCCAAUGCUCCUAAUGAUGUUGCAGAUGAAGGAGGGAUUGAGGAAUUUAACUUGGACAUGGAUUUCUCAAAAACAAAAAAGAAAAAGAAAAAAAAGAAAGAUAUUGAUGAGUUAGUUGCAGAUGAAGAAAAAGAAAAAGGAGAUGAAAAAGACCUUGAAAACGAGAGCCAGAAAUGGUUCGGCACUGACAGGGAUUACACUUAUGAAGAGCUGUUAACCAGGGUCUUCGAUAUUAUGAGAGACAAAAAUCCUGAAAUGGUAGCUGGGAAAAAGGCUAAAUUUGUUAUGCGACCUCCUCAGGUUGUUAGGAUUGGUACUAAAAAAACCUCUUUUGCAAACUUUGCAGAUAUAUGUAGAACGUUACAUAGAGUCCCAAAACAUCUCUUAGAUUUUUUAUUAUCUGAAUUGGGAACCAGUGGAUCUGUUGAUAUAAAUAAUCAACUGAUUAUUAAAGGAAGAUUUCAGCAAAAACAAAUAGAAAAUGUUUUACGAAGAUACAUAAAAGAGUACGUAACAUGUCAUACAUGUCGAUCACCUGAUACUAUCCUUCAAAAGGAUACUCGACUAUUCUUUCUACAGUGCGAGACAUGUGGUUCUAGGUGCUCUGUAGCCAGUAUCAAAUCUGGGUUUCAGGCUGUCACUGGCAAACGUGCUGCCAUCAGAGCAAAAACAACCUGAAGCUGUCUUGAAACAAGAUCUCUCACUCAGGCUGGUUAUUUUGUUAAAUUUAUACUGAAAUGUGCAUUAGAUAUUCGUCUUUUUUCAUUAAUAUACGUGUAUUAUAAUAUAUUAAGCAAUUAUAUAGUAAAUAAAUUGUUUACAUCCG